AUGGAUACCACAUUUGAUGAAGAUCCCUUCUUUACCACUCUAUUGCAAAGUGGUGAACAAGGUAUAUCCAGUACCCUAAUGAGUAGCUAUGAGAAUAUUGGACUUCAAGCAACACAAUUGGAAGGUGAAAAAAGGCCACCUAGUAAGAAAACACAACGAGGUGUGUCUUUCACUGUAGAGGAGGACAAUCUCCUCGUGUCGGCUUGGCUCAAUAUUAGCAUGGAUGCUAUACGGGGGACGGAUCAAAAAUACUCUCAAAUGUGGGAGAGAAUUACCAAUUAUUACAAUGAGCAUAAAAAACCUAGCAUGACAAAUCGUUCAGGGGGGUCAUUGACCAAUCGAUGGUCGGUGAUCCAAAAAUGCACAAAUAAAUUUUGUGCUGCUGUGGCUCAAAUUGAAAGAGCUAAAAUCAUGUAUAGAGAGACUGAGAAGGCCACAUACAACAUGGAACAUUGUUGGUGUCUAUUGAGACACCAACCAAAAUGGCAACAACACGUGUCCAUAUUGUCAACGAGGAGGAAACCACAUGGGAAACGCCCUGCUAUGGCGGAGUCAACUCCACUAGGAGAUGACACGAUAAAUGACAAUGUAGAGGUCAUUUUUGAGAGGCCUCCAGGCAAGAAGGCUGAGAAAGAAAGGGAGAGAAAAAGGAAAGCUGCAGAAUCUUACGAUGCAGAAUUUGUUGAGGCCUUAACUUGCAUGACAAAUGAUAGAGCUGGUUUCAUGUCUGAAAGAAGACAAGCAACUAGUAAAUUGGAUGCUGAUAGGGCUCAAUUAUUAGUGGAGAAAAAAAGGAGAAAUGAUACAGAGAAUAGGAAGAUUGUUGUAGAGAUAAUGAAGAUGGAUCUUGCUGGCAUGAAUGGAAUGCAACGAGAGUAUUUCUUGAAUCUUCAAAAAGAGGUUUUUGAGAAAUCAAGGAAGCGAUUUUCAUCUCCAUCUCAAUCUUCAUCUUUUGAAGAUGUGUAG